AGUCAAUAAAGUUUUGACAGGAGAAAAAAAGGAGGCUGAGUGAGAGGAGAUGAAGCUAGCUAUCAUUAGCAGUUGUUCUACAGGAGGAAACUACAGUUAACAGCUAGUUGCAUUUGUACAGAACAAUCAAACAUAUCUUAUCGCAUCUUUUCCUGCCAAUACAGCAAUAAGGACAGUGGAUCUUCUUACAGUCACCCUCAGGAGCUGUCCACCCCCUCAGCUCUGAAGAUGGAGGAGGACCAUGUUCACUGUAUGUCCUGUGUUAACCAGAGAUGCACAGUCAGACCUGAACCAGGCAUUUCUUGUGAUCUUAUCAACUGUCCUCUAGUGUGUGGGGCUGUAUUUCACUCCUGCAAAGUUGAUGAGCACCACCUUAUGUGCCCACUGGUGAGGGUCCCCUGCUUAAACAGCGGCUAUGGUUGCCCCGUCACCCUGGUGCGCAACCAAAUGUAUGGACACCUUGAGGUGUGUCCGGCUGGAGUUGUGUGCUGCACCAUGGAGUGGAACAGAUGGCCUGUUAGCUGCCUGGACUAUACUUCCUAUGAGAGCCUGAGUCGUGGGGUGGAGGAGGUGGAGCAGCUAGACAUGCAACUUGCCCUUCAAGACCAGCGCACACUACUGGAGUCCCUCAAGGUGAUUGCAAUGGCACCUACUGCAGAGGGAGAACCACUUGUCCUGGGUAGUAAGGCAAACAGGACAAUGGAUUCAGCUAUGCUAACACCUGCCCUUGAGGCCUCCACCCUUACAGAGUCACCUUCACAGUUAUCAUCCUCACAUCAGUCACAACCUCCCCCACCAGGUUCGGCAAAGGAGAAGAUUGUCAGUGGAAUAAAUGGCUUGAAUGAAGAGCACUUCAGUAAACUUUAUGAGGCCACAGUUGAGACUGCAAGAAGCUUAGCUGCUGCUUUAGACUUUGUUAGCAGUGCCAGUUCUGUUGGCGUCAGCACAGAGUGUGUGAACAGAGAAGCCACUAUGCAAAAGAGUAGUUUGAGCAGCAAUGGAGACCUUCAGAACGGACUGGCAGACAGAACACCUGUAGCUGCUGAUGAUUUGAAUACAGGAGAGAUGGAGGAGAAAAGUGUUUGUUCUAGCUGUUUGAGUGGAAAUGAAGCUACUAAAGGUACAGAUCUGAAGAUUUUAAACUCAACAAAUGGGCCACAGUCAGGAGCAAUGGAUGACUCUCCAGAGAUAGCCUGUCCAGUUGAGGUGCAAGAUGACAGUGUUUUUAAAGAGCUAGUGACCCCUCAAAUGACAUCUCCAGUGCAUAUCAGCCAGGGUGUGGCACAGAGGGCUGGUCACGUGGUCUUGGAAGACAGAGGGCUAGUUCUUUUAGAAAACCAUAGGUCUGAGCGCAAGUUCCACAAUUACCAAUUUUUCAGGGGCCAGGGCCAGUGCUCAUUACCUAAUGGACGGAUAGGUUACAUCCCAGACAGGUCACUGUAUAGACUCCGACCCAAAAUGGAGGACAAGGCAGUGGAUACCUCAGAUCUGGAGCAGGACGACAACCCCAUGGGUCUAGGAGAGAUAGAUCUGAUCACAGCAGCCCUGCUCUUCUGUUUAGAAGAGUCCAGAGAGUGUAGAAGGAUCUCUGACACAGUCUAUGUUGACGGCUACCGUGUAGACUUUGGCACGCAGACUUUCACUUUUCCUGCAGCAAUCUUGGUAACAAACACUAGAGUAGGUGACAUGGCCUCUGCAUCUGCCUGUGAUCACGCUGCCCCUCAGCUCUCCUACCCGAGCCCUUUCCGCACUCUCCGUCUCGGUCUUGUCCUUGAAGCUCUGGAGGUGGAGGCUGUCCCUCAUAACCGCUACCUCCCUAACAACCCACGUUACCAGCACAUGUUCCCCUUCAUCUGUGGUCAGUCAUUCCGCCGGGACCAGUUUUCUUCCCAUUUCACAAAUGUCCAUGGUGACAUUCACGCUGGCCUCAAUGGUUGGAUGGAGCACCGCUGCCCUCUGGCAUAUUAUGGCUGCACAUUUUCCCAACGGAGGUUUUACCCAUCCACCCAGGGGGCAAAGGUGGUUCAUGACAGGAACCUCAGGUCCUUUGGGGUUCAGCUUUGCCCAAGGGCAAAACUUCCAGGAGACUCCCAGUCCGAUCAAUUUAGUGGGCUGCCCAUUGAGAUACUGUGGCACAUAGCGGGGUUCCUAGACAGUUUUAGCCUGUGCCAGCUGUCAUUAGUUUCACGGACUAUGAGGGAGGUGUGUGCCAGUCUCCUCCAGACCAGGGGCAUAGUGGAGCUGCAGUGGGAGCGAAAACGAGGCGCUGGUGCUCAUGGCACUGUGUCAUGGCAGAUCAAAAACAGAGUGUGGAGAUUCAGCACUGCCUUCAGCCCGGUGUUGUCAUGGGGUUUCACUGACCUCCCCAGCAUGUCGGACCAUCUUAAAAAGUGCCACUUCAACGUAGUGGAGCACAAGACAGAACCAAUACCCCUCCCUGCUAUGUGCACUGCCAGAGAUGGACACUCACUCCGUCGCGUCCUGCGUCAUGUUAACACCUGACCAAACAAGGCUAACCUCUCGUAGCUGCAUGAGAGUCACUGUGGUAUUAUGUGGAUGUUGCAAUUAAAGUUUUUCUGUUUUGACAAAAAAAUGUAUUCUUUCCGUGUUACACUAUAGAUUACAAAGAAGCCUUAAUGAAAUAACACCCUACUUGUCACAAUGAAGGUCUGUUGUCGUGGGUGAUCCUUAUGUGGAGAAGAAACAUUAACCAUUUAGCUUUGCAUGAAUUUUUGCCGAAAAAUGCACCCUUACUCUGGUAAUAAAGUAUAUUUUCUUGACGACAAAUAUGCACAAUAGAUUUAUAUCAUUCUAUAUGAUACACUGACGUAGAAGUGGAAAGAGAUUUGAAUGUUUUCACUAUCUUGCCUUUCAGUAGUAGCCAUGGGAAAAAGCAGAUUAUUGGUUAUAUUGCAUUAUUUCUGUGUGACAGAAGUUAUGCCAGCACUUUAUACAAGAUUUGCUAAUCCCUCCUAUGUGAUCCUAAAUGAGCUAGUUUCUCUGAACCCAGUUAAGGGUGUCAACCCAGUGCAAGUCUGUUGUCUGGGUUUGAGGUUGUGAGGACAUGAGUGAAAACGGAUGGAUAUUAAUAUGAGGAGAGCCCAAUAAUGCAUGUGAUUUGCUACCAUUUAAUAAAAUCUUUACAGCCUUUCA